AUGUUCCUUCUUCUUUUGCUCGUUUUGCAUCUUAACGGGCUGCAGGCAGGCCAGAAUCCUCAGAGAACCACCCUGCAGACAACUGUUCCUGAAAAGAUCUCAUCACUGGAUGUGGAAACAGAUCCAGAAAACCAUAUGGCUUAUCUUAUUACAAUAAAUGAAACCCCCCAUUUCAUCCACCUUAAAAAACAAUCAUUUAUAAUGUCAACUGCAGAGGUUUAUACUUAUGACAGAAAUGAUGUUCGACAUUCUCAACCUUUGUCAGCUCUGGAAAAUUGCAAUUACAAUGGAUAUGUUGCAGGUUUUCCAAAUUCUAUCGUGACCCUCACCAUUUGCACAGGACUCAGGGGAACAAUACAAUUUGAAAAUGUCUCCUAUGCAAUCGAGCCCGUGGAAACCCUGUCAGGAUUUGUGCACGUGAUCUAUGAGAACACAAACAAACAUGCUGUGAUUCCUGACCUGGGAAAGAAUCAGUCAUACGGUUGGUCUGAUGAAUCAGAUUAUCAAUUCCGAAGCAACAUGAAGAAAGCUGGAUUUAUCAUGUUACGCCAACGAUUCAUUAAGAUGGAUAUCAUUGUGGAUAAAAAGCUGUUUGAUUACAUGGGCUCUGAUACUAAAGUUGUGCUACAGAAAGUCAUUCAGAUCAUCGGUUUCGUUAACACUAUGCUCUCCAAGUUAAAACUGACUGUUGUAAUAAACUCCAUUGAAAUCUGGUCGAAGGAAAACAAAAUUAAUUUCUCAGAGGCACCCAAUGACUUAUUGGUUCAGUUUUCAAUUUGGAAACACGAGUAUAGACCACACCACGUUGCAUACUUACUGGCAUUUGAGGAGCACCCUGCUUCCACGGGGGCUCUAUAUCCAGGGAAUCUGUGCAAACUGGAGUACAAUGCUGCUGUUGCCCUGUAUCCAAAAGGUUUAUCGUUAGAAUCGUUUAGUGUCAUUGUCCUGCAGCUGCUGAGCAUUAGUAUGGGCUUAACUUACGACACUGAGAACUGCCACUGUACAGGAGACGUUUGCCUAAUGACGCCCAGAGCAAUACUUUGCCUUUCUUUGCAGAACUGUACUCAUAGAAAAUGCUGUGACCCCAUGUCAUGUCGAUUGAAGACCAAGGCUGCAUGUGGUUCUGGGGAGUGCUGUAAUCAAGAUUGCACGAUAAAAGUGAGUGAUGUGAUCUGUAGGAAGUCUAUAGAUGAAUGUGACUUUGUGGAGUACUGUAAUGGAAAAGAUGCCUAUUGUGUCCCUAACACAUAUGCACGCAAUGGCCAGUAUUGUGAAUCAGGUGAAGCCUUCUGCUAUCAAGGAAAAUGUCAGACUGCUGACAAGCAAUGUAUGAACAUGCUUGGGAAACAUGUGAGAGCGGGUUCCUUUGCGUGCUAUGAAGAGUUCAAUUCCAGAGGCGAUAGAUUUGGCGACUGUGUUAAUAAAUAUUGUACUUUAAACAAUGCUCUCUGUGGGAAACUAGUCUGUACGUGGCCAUUCAAGAAGCUGGUGCUGAAAGUCAACCUAUCUGUGGCCUAUGGACAAGUCCGGGAUGACCUGUGCGUAUCUAUGUAUAAAGGUGGGAGGAUACCUAAGCCAACAAUGUCAACAUAUUCCCAGUUAUCGGACAGAGAUGAGACAUUCGUAAACGAUGGCACAAUCUGUGGCCCUGAUAUGUUUUGUGUAGGGGCAGUAUGCAGAGAAACUAGAUUUUAUAUUAAUUCUAGCGGUUGCGAUUCUACUAGAGAUUGCAGCGACCAUGGGAUUUGCAACAAUUUUGAGCAUUGCCAUUGUGAUAAAGGAUAUAACCCUCCUUUUUGUGAGGAACAUAAGGGACAGUUUGGAAGCGUUGAUGAUGGACAUAAAUAUUAUGUUGAAGCUCACCUGCGAACCCACCAAUCACACCAAACCCAGAAAGGACUCUGUACGUCUUUACUGUGA